AUGAAAUUUACAGGCACACCACAUUCUACUGUAGAAGAUGACAUCUACGAAGGCUAUCACGUUCCAACAGAUAUAUUUACUUGGACAAUGGUAAUUUCUAACAUAUGGGCAAUGACAUACGACGAGACACAAUAUUCAGAUCCAGAGUCUUUCGACCCUUCUCGUUUUGUGACAUCAGAAAGACAGCUCAAUGAUGACUCCACAGUUGUAGGAUUUGGGUUUGGGCGGCGCAUCUGCCCGGGACGUCAUGUUGCAGCUACUGUGGUAUGGAUGAUGAUUGUGUCUGUAUUGGCCGUAUUUAAGGUUGAGAAGAUGAGAGAUGAUGAAGUGAAUGAAGUGGAAAUCGUGCCGGAGUUCUGGUUUGGUCCAUCUAUGUCAGUUUUUCUCCACUCACCACACUUGAUAUCUUCCUCAUGUUGCCCAACAGCCAUCCAUUAA